AUGAACUAUACAAAGUCGUAUCAGGAGAGAUCUAAAACUAAUCAGUGUCCAGUUACAAGUAGACUAUUUCAAAUAAUAGAACAAAAACAGUCGAAUUUAUGUGCAUCAAUAGAUGUUAGAUCAACUAAAGAAUUUUUAGAAUUAAUAGAAAAAUUAGGACCAUAUAUAUGUUUAGUUAAAACCCAUAUAGAUAUUAUCGAUGAUUUUUCAUAUGAAAAUACAAUACUCCCAUUAAUCGAAUUAUCCAAAAAACAUAACUUUUUGAUAUUUGAAGAUAGAAAAUUUGCUGAUAUUGGAAAUACUGUAAAACAUCAAUACGUAGGAGGAGUAUAUAAAAUCGCUGAAUGGGCAGAUAUCACAAACGCUCAUGGUGUAACAGGAACUGGUGUAGUGCAGGGUUUAAAAGAUGGUGCUAAGGAAACAACUGGAAACCCAAGAGGUUUGCUCAUGUUAGCUGAACUUUCUUCAAAAGGUUCAUUAGCAUAUGGAGAAUAUUCUGCCAAAACAGUUGAAAUUGCAAAAACUGAUAAAGAAUUUGUAAUGGGUUUUAUAGCUCAAAAUCAUAUGUCCGGAGAAGAUGAAGGCUUUGAUUGGGUUAUCAUGACUCCAGGGGUAGGAUUAGAUGAUAAGGGAGAUAAUUUGGGUCAACAAUAUCGUACUGUUGAUGAAGUUGUUUCGACUGGGACUGAUGUGAUAAUAGUUGGUAGAGGAUUAUUUGGGAAAGGUAGAGAUCCAGUAGAACAAGGAAAAAGAUAUAAAGAAGCUGGUUGGAAUGCUUAUUUAAAAAGAAUUUCCAAAUAA